AUGAACCAGAUUUCUCCCAAGCGGCCCAAGGUCAGCGGCUCGCCGCCUCCGCCGUCUCGCCUCACCCAGGAGGAAGAGCUCGCCGUCAUGGUCGCCGCGCUUCGAAACGUCGUCGCCGGCACCACCAGCUCACUUCGAGCCCACCAAUUGGUCCAAUUCCCAUUGCCGCUCCCGCCGUCGGAUCUCGACACGUGUACGGUGUGCCGGAUCGAGGGCUGCUUGGGGUGUGGGCUUUUCCCGCCAAACCAAGAGGAUCAACAAAAUCAAAAUGCCAGCAACAACAACAACGAAAACAAGAAGAAGCAACCCGCCGCGCCGCGGAAACAGAGGGGGAAUAAGAAGAAGAACAGCUACAGGGGAGUGAGGCAGCGGCCGUGGGGGAAAUGGGCGGCGGAGAUUCGGGACCCGCGAAGGGCGACGAGGGUGUGGCUGGGGACGUUCGACACGGCGGAGGACGCGGCGAGGGCUUACGAUCGGGCGGCGAUCGAGUUCCGCGGGCCUAGAGCCAAGCUGAAUUUCUGCUUCCCCGAUCAAAUUCAGAUCGACGGAAGCUCGGAUUGUUCGAAUCGAAUGCCGGCCGGGUCGGAGAAGGCGAAGGGAAAGCGUGUGAGAGAGGAGAGGCCGAAGGUGGAGGAGAUGAUCGGAAGUUGUAGCGAAACGAUGGGGGAAAUGAUGAUGAGUGGAGAACAGGACGAGUUUCAGGAGUGGAUGAGGAUGGUGAUGGAUUUCUCCGGCGGGGAUUCUUCGGAUUCCGGCGGUACGUCGGGGACAAUGUGCACGAGCGCCGGGAAUCUCUGCUUCUGA